GCAGACGCUGCUAAUAAAGUUUCUAGGAUUGAAUCAUCCUUCAGCACAACAAAGAUGGAGCUGGGAAGGCCGUAAUCUUCUCUCCCACCAAUGUAACGCAUACAGAAGACAUGUCAUCCAUGAAAUCCCCCGCGUCGCCCGCAUUUUAACUUCCUACACAUCGGGCGAUGAUGGACGCAGCCGCCUUCCACGACGAGCCCGUCGAGCGGAGGAAGGUCCGCAUCGUGGGCUCGGAGCUGGUGGACAACUAUACCGUGUACAUCAUUGAGGUUAUGGCGGGCUGUCAUCAGUGGACUAUAAAACAUCGUUACAGUGAUUUUCAUGACCUACAUGAAAAGCUGACAGCAGAAAAGAAAAUCGACAAAAACUUGCUGCCGCCGAAGAAAAUGAUCGGCAAAAAUUCCAGAAGCUUGGUGGAAAAAAGACAGAAGGAUCUGGAAAUCUACCUUGAGACCCUGCUAGUGAAAUUCCCCGUGGCGGCACCCAAAGUCUUAUCGUGUUUCCUGCAUUUCCACUUAUAUGAAAUAAACGGCAUCACAGCUGCAUUGGCUGAGGAGCUCUAUAACAAAGGUGAGCAGCUCCUGGUGGCAGGCGAGGUGUUUCUACUGCGCCCCCUACAGCUCUACGCUGUCACCCAGCAGCUGCGACUUGCCAAGCCCACGUGUGCCAACGGCGAUGCCAGGGCUGACCUUGGGCACAUACUAGACUUCACAUGUCGACUGAAAUAUCUGAAGAUACCCGGCAGCAGAGGGGUGGUGGGCUCCAGCAACAUCCAGGAGCACCUCCUUCUCUUCGACCUGUCAGUCUUCAAGUCCCUUCUACAGAUUGAGAUCAAUCAGUGCGAGUCCAAGCAGAUCAAGGGCCUGCCGCUGUUAAGGCCAGCGCUGGUGACCAUGAGCGUGCACCUCUCAGCGGCCUCCAUGAAGGAUAUCCUGGUUCCAGAGGCCUCCGAGUUUGCCCAAUGGGAGGCAGAGGGCGUGGCCUCAGACUGCCCGGUUACUGCCAUCAUCCCAACCUGGAAGUCGCUGACCACCCUGGAUAUGAGUCGCAAUAGCUUGCAGUGUAUAGACGAGUCAGUGAAAUUAAUACCAAAAGUGGAAUUCUUAGAUCUAAGUUAUAAUGAGCUGACGAUGGUGGAAAACCUCCAGCAUUUAUAUAAUCUCAUUCACCUGGACCUGUCCUAUAAUAAGCUCACUGUACUGGAGGGUGUGCAUACCAAACUGGGAAACAUCAAGACGCUGAAUUUGGCGGGAAACCAGCUGGAGAGUCUGUCUGGCCUCAGUAAGCUUUAUUCCCUCGUCAACUUGGACUUAAGCAGCAACAAAUUAGCACAGCUCGAGGAAAUCAAAAAUAUCGGGACUUUGCCGUGCCUGGAGAAGCUCAGCCUCACCGGAAAUCCCAUGUGCAUCAUCCCGGACUACAGGACCAAGGUUCUGGCCCAGUUCUGGGACAGGGCUUCAGAGGUGUGCCUGGACAGCACCUUCACGACGGAGAAGGAGCUGGACACAGUGGAGGUGCUGAAAGCCAUUCAGAAAGCCAAAGAAGCCAAAGACCGCAUGGCCAGCAGUGAGAAGAAGAUCAGUGAGGACUCCAGACUCUCCACGGGUGGAUCCCCUUCGUCUUCCUCCUCCUCCUCGUCCUUUCUCGCUGCCCCACCCCCCUCUCCCCCUCGGCCCCCGCCGGCCAGCUCCAGCCAAGAAUUAAUUUUUAAAGAAGAAAUGGUAUUUACCAAUCAAAUACUGACUCCUGUGGAUUCAUCAAAUACCCAGCGAUGCAAAUUUAUACAAAACCCUUCUUGUGAGGAAACACUACAGAUGACUCGCCCACUUCCUUCCUGCUUUUCAGUUGAAAUUGUCAGUGAUCAGCAGAUUAGCUGUUGCCGCUGCGCGGAGGACCGGGCCGGCUGGGUGGGCGGGGCCACCACGCUGGUGCUCCCCUUCUGCCUCGUCUCCUAUGCCGCCGACAACCUGGAAUUCACGGUGGAGUUGUCAUCCCUCGUGGUGAAAGCGGCACGGGAGCUGGGGGGGAAGGAGCCCCUGGAGAGGAGUGAGAGGAGUGGGGAAGAGGCGGAGCCCAUGGGCUCCUUCUCUGGGGACGGCUAUUUCGAGGUGGGCCUGGGCCGGCGCGAGGACGGGCUCGGGGGCCCCGGCGUGUCUGAGGAACCGGCGCAGGAAGCCAUCCGCAUCAACAAGGUGAUCUGGGCUCACGGCAUCCGGGUCGGCCAGAGAGACAGGCAGCUGCUGGCCUGCGUCGUCCUGGCGGACCCCUGGCUGGCUGUGCUCCGGGCUCGGUACCGUGAGCAGCCUUGGAACAUUCCGGACCUGGUGGCCGGCCUGGUGGUGGAGCUGCUCGCGCCCUGUACUGACAUCGAGGAGCUCCGCUUCGAAGUACCAGAGGUGUGCCUGUCGCUGAAAAUACGGGGCAGUGAUGGAGUCCUCUACCUCUUAUCCGACGCCCCCAGUCUGAGGGACAUGCAUUCUCUGCUUUCUGCACUGGCAUCGAGUUGCCCCUCCGAGCCACCAGGCGGCGCUGUCACACAGCAGAGCCUCGUUCGGCAGCUCCUGAACUCAUGGGAGUAUGAGGAGAAGGACUGUACAGUGAAAGGGGCCUUCCUCGCUCAUCUCUCGCCCCCUGCAGCAGAGGCACCCGACUCUUCUCGGGUCCUCAGCCCCCCAUAUUCAGACAUUCUGUCAGACGCGUGGCCCCCAGAUGCGGACGGGCCCUCGGGCUCCAUGCCUCUCAUUCUCUUCCUCACCCCCCGUCACCUCUGCAUUCUCAAGGUAGAUUUCCUCUCCCUUGCCAAGGGCCCCAUUAACGCCUGCCCCCCGCGCUCCUCCAUGAAGCUGAUACGCCUCCCGCUGGCCUCCGUGCUCCUGCACCCCCAGCAGAGCUGCUGUGGCUCCCAGGACAGCCAUGCGCUGGAGCUGAUGGUGGGCCCGGAGCCCGUCACGGCCAUCUUCCUCCUGCCCCACGACAAGUUUGUCUUCCUGCGGCAGUUCGGACAGCUUCGCGGCAGCUUGAGGGACAUCAAGACCGUCGCCUUCCUGCAGGCGGCAUCCUGCCACAGGACCGGUGCCGGUGGGCAGGCGGCCUCCACGUGGACCAAGAGAGUGCCCGUGAAUAGCAUCCCCCCAGGUGUGCAGAGGCCCCGCCUUACACUGUCCCUGCUGUACCCUGACGGCUCCCUCAUCCAGAAGCUCUCCGAGGAGAACCGGUGCCCGUCUCACCUGGUCCUCUCCCCGGCCCUCUGCUUCCUGGCUGGCCUGCGGGGGGAGCAGCUGCUCGAGUUCUUCUACAGCAGUGUGGCUGAGGUGGAGAACGAGGAGCUGAAGCACAUCCUCUGGUCAUCCGUGCUGUUCUACAAGAUGCCCGACGUGGAGACGACGGCCUGCAUCCUGCUCUCCACCAAGGCGGUCUACUUCAUCCUGGAUGACAACGCGGCCGUGCUCAGCAACGAGGCAGCGUUGUGGAACUGGCGCCCCCGAGAGGACAAGGAAAGUGGCUUCAUUGUCUCCUACUGCCUGUCUAUGAAGCUGAAGGACCUGCAGAGCGUCAACGUGGGCCUCUUCGAUCAAUACUUCCGGGUGGUCGGGCCGUCAGCCGACCACAUCGUCUCUUGCCUGGCGAGGGAUGGCUACAGCACACACCGCUUCCUGCAGCAGCUCAUGACCGUGCUCUCCUUGUUGGAGAAGGUGCCCUCGCCUGAACCCUCCGAGCUGGACUUCUACACCCAGUUUGGCAAGAAGAACACAGGUAAAAUGGAGAAUUAUGAGCUGGUGCACUCGAGUAAAGUGAAGUUCGUGUAUCCCAGCGAAGAGGAGAUUGGGGAUCUCACCUUCAUCGUGGCAGGCAGGAAGGGGGCCCCUGGACACUCGCUGGCCUUCAACAUCCUGCUGUACGUGCUGGCAUUCCAGGUGAACGGGCCCGGCCCGGCCUCAGAGGGGCCGCCGCACCUGCAGGCCAAGACGCUUGUACUCACCAGCACCGACGUCUUCCUCCUGGACGAAGACUACGUCAGCUACCCGCUCCCCGAGUUCGCCAAGGAGCCACCACAGCGGGACAAGUACCAGCUGACAGAUGCGCGGCGCAUCCGGGACCUGGACCGGGUGCUGAUGGGGUACCAGCCAUACCCUCAGGCACUGACGCUGGUGUUCGACGACGUCCCCGGCCCGGAUCUUCUCUGCCACCUCACCAUGGACCACUUCGCCGAGGAGGAGGCCGGCACCGGCAGGCGGUCGCAGUACCCCGGCGUGGACGAGAACGAGGUGCAGUGGUGCGUGUUCGUGCCUGGCACUGACAGCCGUGAGCGGUUAAUCUCGCUUCUGGCCCGCCAGUGGGAGGCGCUGUGCAGCAGGGAGCUGCCACUCGAGUUGACCGGCUGAGAGAGGAGGUUCACAUUCCAUAAAAAGGGAAAAUGUCCCCAAAGAUUUUUCACUAACCCUCAUUCUUAUUUAUGAUUUUUUUUGUACUGUCUCCUCACAAAGCAUCCUGGGAAGUUGAGUCCACAAGAGUUAGAUAUUUAUUGUUUUUUAUUAUUAUUAUUAUUUUUUGGUCUUCUUGAUUAGCUUGUUCCCUUUGCUGCUUCAAACCUGUGUUAUGUCGCUGCUAUGUACAAUCUGCAAUAUGUAAAUUAUAAAAAAAAGCAUGUUUGUCAUUGUAAUCUAGUCUUUCUAUUAAAAGAAACUGUAUUUUAUUCUAAGUAGUAGGUUUAUCAGAGUUUAUGAUGAAAGGUUGACCUCUUCAACCUUUUAAGUUUUUUUUAAGAAAAGACAAAUGUAUGAUAAUGAUUAGGAUACACGGUGACUGAAAGGUGUGUGUUUUACUGGCUGUGUGCGUUUAAAAUCUUGUUAAAGUCAGAGGAUGUCGAGGUGAAACUGAAAGACUCACUUCCUGUGUUUACAUAAUAAUCGCAUGUUAACACCUUCCAGGUCAGUGUUUUCGAAUACAGCGUUUUUGGCUCAGUGCAUUGAUUGGGAAUUAAACAUGCUUUUUUUAAAAAAACAAUAAAUAUUAUUCUUAUUAUUGGCAUUUAAAGUCUAAUAAACAGAGAUGAGUAUCUAUGAAACGCAAAAUAAAGACAUGCAUUGCAUCCCCUCCUCA